AUGAAUACUCACAAUCAACUCCCCUCGAGCCACAGUUCAGUUGAAUCCAGGUUUGCUUCUGGGUUCCUUAAAGCCCUAAAGAAAAUGAACAAGAAUAGACCAUCUUCACCAUCUAUCAGAGAUACUUACAGAAGAUAUAAUUUCAUUAGGGUUUCAGCCUAUGGAUUGAUGGCUUCAGCGGUCAGACCGGGGAGAGCAUGGAGUCAUGCUACACUUUGGAAGAUACGAAACCGUACAUUUCACCGUGCUUUGAUGAAACGAAGCCGAACCCAUUCCUUGACGAGAAGAGUUGCAAGAGGAAACCCUAGAAACGAGUUAGGUUGUGAGCAGGUAAAUGAUCUUCGGAAGCUUGUGCCAGGCGGUGAAGAAAUGAAAUUUUGCAGAUUGCUGAAUGAAACUGCUCACUACAUGAAAUGCCUUCAAGCCCAAGUACAGAUCAUGAGAAAUAUUGUAGAUCAUUAUUCCACUUGA